CGGAAUCACACUGCGGAUGGGACCCUCCGGCAAUUGAGGAUCCGACGCUCCGAUGUCGGCGCUAGUCCAGGGCCAUGCAGCAUUUGCUGACCAGCAAUAUUCUUCUUUGGUGAAUUUCAGUUUUUUUAAUUUUUCCUACAGGCUGGUUUUACUUUUUUAUUUAAUGUGAUAAUGGGAACUGGUCCACUUACACUUCCUGCUGCCUUCCAACAGGCAGGCUGGCUAACUGGCAUCAUUGUUCUGAUCAUCCUCUGUUUCAUGAGUUUCAUUACUUUUACUUACACUGUCGAGGCGUUGUCCAUCACUAAUGCCGUGUUCGUUGUCAGAAAAUCUCAUUGUGUUUCCUCGAGUGACAGCUCAGCUCAGUUCCCAAACCUUGACAGGAUGCUUGCAGUGCCUGCGCAGCAUGUUACGGAGUCAUCCGUUUCUGGUCUGCAGGACUCAGAUGAUGCGACAUCCUUAAGACAGCACUUUAAUAUAGUACGAAAAUUUGAACUGGGUGACAUGUUUACCCUAUACUUCGGACGCACCGGAAAUAUCCUGUUCUAUCUGGUCAUAUCAGUUUACCUUUACGGCGACCUUUCGAUUUACGCUGCUGGAGUCCCAAAGUCUUUCAGAGACGUUGUCUGUACCUCCAACGGCAACGAUUCUUUCAUUGAUGACUACAUUGACCUGUGCUGGACUUUUUCUUCGCUUAGCCGAUUCAAUGUGUACCGCAUUUGCGUCGUUUGCUUCGCUACGUGCAUGCUACCCUUUUUAUUCUUCCACGUGACUCGAUCUCGUUGGUUGCAACUGAUCACCACUGCACUUCGUUGGAUCUCAUUCCUGCUAAUGUUUUGUCUGGCAAUCGAUCGAGCCAUUGUGAUUCGCCGACAGCUGUCCACAUCGGAUCUCACCUUAUCCCGCUUGUGGAAUCCCGCCUUGCAUCCACUAAUACUCCAAGCCUCUGAGCCUGCAGUUAUUCCGAAACCCCCUUUGGUUCGCGCUCAAGGGAUACCCAAUUUGUUCGGUGUAUGCGUCUACGCCUUUAUGUGCCACCACUCAAUUCCGGGUUUGGUGACACCAAUCAGAAACAAAAAGAACAUCAUUCUGCGCGUUUUUAUCCCACUUUUCCUCUGUGUACUUUCCUUCAAUUUGCUUCUGUCGGGCACCGCAGUUGCCGCUUUUGAUGAGAUCAAGGACUUGUACACUCUCAACUUUGUUCCCAGCGAACAAUCUGCUGUGGCUUUCGGUAUUUCUUACACGUUGGCCAAGGUGUUUGGCUACUUUCUUUCCUUGUUUCCUGUGUUUGCGCUAAGUUCCACUUUUCCCAUACUGUGUUGCACACUUUUGGGCAACUUGCACACGUUGGUCGGCAUGUGUACAACCUGUCGCACUCCUGUUGGGUUGGGACUACUUCGUUGGACACUGCCUUUCGUCGUUAUUCUGCCUCCCGUUUGCGUUGCUCUUUGGACAGCGAACAUCGGCUUCCUUGUCGGUUUCACAGGUGCAUUUGCUGGAUCCGCCAUCCAGUACAUAAUUCCAGCACUGCUUGUUUAUAGGGCUCGCAGCUACUUCUUUAACAUGCUGACGAUAAUUGACACUUGCUCCUCCUCUGACGACUCCUCAUCAAUCGAAAACGAGGAGGCGACGGAACUGCUUCAUACACACCAAAACGAAGUUGGCGGUGCACAUUUCCAAACUGGCCGCAUUUGUUCUGUGAUAUGGAGCCGUUUUGUGUGGUUGUGGACCUCGUCCCGACGUCUACGAGUUCCAACCACAUUCGCUUCGCCUUUCCAGCAUUUUGUUUGGAUUUUGCUCCUCCUUGUCUGGUCGGUAUUUUGUAUAAUCAUUGUCCUGGUUGACAAGAUUCAUCCUCUAUGAAAUCGACUCCUAGUCUUUAGAACCCCACUACCACUCCCCUGGUGUGCCAAAUAGUCUCUAUGUUAUAUCGCUUGAUUUACCCACUCUCUGAUUUUGUCUAUUUUCUCAUACUCAUACAGUUGUAAUGGCAUCGGCAUUUGUCCCUUACAUUUUCCUUAUGAUUAUCUCGGUGGUUUCCAGAUUAUCCCAUUUCUGCGAUUCUCAGCAUCUUUCCAUGUGUCGUCUGGCACUGUGCAUUUACUCGCGUAUUCCGCAGACCUACACUCCAGGAGGCCUCUUCCUUCUUUUUUACGCUGGCCCCUCGUUUCCUGGUCCCAUGAAACGCCUGUUACUCGGAUAAACCAUUGCUAGAG